AUUAAGGGUUACGGGAUAUGUCGGUUGCUCGAGUCGGACAUUUUUGCGACGACAAGAGCGAAAUGACAACCUCAAAAGAGGAACCUACGCGUCUGCUGUAUUUCCUGUGUGCUGUUGCCUGUCGAUGCGCACGUCUCUGACUGGACAGGGCGGGCUGAUGUUUGGGUUCCGGUAUGAUGGCCGCGAUGAUGAAACGGGAGACGGACGCGAUGUCGAUCCCUAUUUAACGCUCUUGUUUUACACCGGAGACAACAAUGUCAUUGUUUGACGUCGCGGAGUAACAGCGUGGCAGGGCAGGGGAGCGGAGGGUGCUGGUGGAGAAAAGUGUUUCUCUGCGGCGCCUGUCGUUGAAUACAAUGAGGACGCUAUUUACCUUCUGCUGUUUUUUCCUUGUUACCGGCGAAGCAGACUGGGCGUGGGUCACGGUAAAUCAGACCAUCAACCGCAGCAACCCCUCCAGUUUGACGGCGGAUAGCAGCAGGUAUAUCGCCAUUGGGGACGGUUCGUCACAGGAAUUCGAGUUUCCUGAAAACACCAAGGGCGUGAUUGUAAUCUCCAGCCAAUACAACAGCCGAAAGAGCUGGAAACAGACUGUGAAAGUGCGCUCCUUAGACCCAGAGGUCCUCUCCAUCUUGAAUGUGACAGACGGUGGCCAUGCGGGACCUGCAAGGAACUACAUUAUCAGUAUCCACUCUGGUUUCCCAGGAAAGGCUCAGCUGGAAAUCCAACUGUUGGAAGAGAACCAGGAUUCGAUGCCCGUUCUGAUCGAGGAGAGGACAGAUUAUUGCAUCGUGGUGGCCCCUGGGAGUGAUGACCCCGCCACACAAGUCAUCCAGUCAGGUGGACUUUCCCAUUUCUCAGAGAACCCUGUGCUAUUUGCUCUGCUUCCCCUCAUCUUUGUCAACAAGUGUGCCUUUGGCUGCAAGGUAGAGGUGGAGGUACUGAAGGCCCUACUGAAAAGCCCCGUGCCUCUGUUCCUUGGGGUGCUGGGUCAGUUCCUGGUGAUGCCAUUGUAUGCAUACAGCGUGUCUCAGCUGGCCUUGCUACCCAAAGCGCUCUCACUGGGCCUGGUGAUCACAUGCUCCGCCCCGGGUGGCGGAGGCGGAUACCUUUACAGUCUACUGCUUGGAGGAGAUGUCACCCUGGCUAUCUCCAUGACUCUGGUGUCUACAGUGGUGGCGGUGGCAGCCAUGCCUCUGUCAUCAGCUCUGUAUGGACGUCUGCUCGGGGUGCAUGCAGCACUGCAUGUGCCAUUCGUGAAGAUUCUUGGCACCCUCCUCUUCAUUGCCAUCCCCAUUUCUCUUGGAAUGCUGGUCAAGCUACGCCUGCCCGCCCUCACUCGUGUCUUGCUCGCACUCAUUAGGCCCUUUAGCUUUGUGCUCAUUGUUGGUGGCAUUUUUAUGGCCUACCAAAUGGGCGCAUCUAUACUGGCCAAUGUCAGGCCUCCCAUUGUGGCUGUCGGCGUGACGGUGCCUUUGCUCGGAUUGUUGGUCGGGGCACUUCUGGCUAAGCUAGCCGGCCUGGCACCACCGCAGAGGAAGACGGUGAGCAUUGAGGUGGGCGUCCAGAACAGCUUGCUGGCCCUGGCUGUCAUGCAGCUGUCCUUCCGCCGGGUGGAGGCCGACUUCGCGUCACAAGCUCCUUUCAUUGUGGCCCUGUCCAGCACCUCUGAGAUGCUUCUCGUUGUUCUGGCAUAUUACACCCAACACUGGUUGUGUGGGCCCACUGUCCCUAGAAGUGACACCUGAUUGUUGCUGCAAUUUUUGAAAAAAAAAAAGAACCUUCUAUACCAACCUGUGGGUGGGGCGCGGGGAAAUACAAAACAAAAAAACAGCUUAUACAGUUUUGCAUGCCUGGUGGUUUUCACUUAUGAAGAGGACAGUUGGCUGACUUUUUGUAGGUCGUCCUUUUCGUAUUUCUAUAAAAAAAAAAAAACCAAUGGCCUUAUAACUUCCAGAGCGCUAUUUGUCUCAUUUCUCUGUAUGUUAUACUGUGACAUUGUGUACAAUUCCCAAGAAAGAAAUACCUAUGUAAAAGACUAUAUUUUUCUACUAAAUUACUUUUCUAAACAAAUUGCAGAUUGAUUUGUAUCAUGUUUACAAGCAGUUCUAUGUGUCUUAGCCAGUGGUGGGAGAAAUGCAAGUAAGGGGUGUGGAGCGUUUUGAAGGUUUGUGUUUCAAAU